CGGCUCGCCGGUGAGGGUUGGACGGAUAUUCCAGCGCGCUGGGAGAACUCCGCGAGAAGUUUUGCGACUUUCGAAGUUCGUUCUGAGAGCGAAAGAGAGGAGAAAGUUCGGGCCGGUUUGGUUUUAUUUUUUUCGGUUGCAGUGCGAUUUAUGGCGCCCCGGUGGUGCGUUAGUGAGAUGUAAAAUUGUGCGGUUGAUUAGUUUCGUUGAUUUUUUUUUAAUUAGAUUUGAAGCGGAAAAAACUUUGCUAAACCAUGGCUGUUUUGGCGGUCUCUUUAGGAUUCGUUUUCAUCACUCUCAUUAAAGAUUCGGCGGCUGUUCAACGAUUUGAACAACAACCCACGUAUACGGAAGUCAAUCCCGGGCAGGAUGCUCUUCUGGCGUGCAAAGUGUUCAACAAAAGGGGAUCCUGUUCCUGGCAAAAGGACAAUAAGCCGAUGGGAAUGUACCCGCACAAAUACGAAUGGGCGAGCUCGAGCCAGGAGAACGGAGAUUGCUCUAUUUGGGUAAGGGCGGCUCAAUUGGAAUUCGACGACGGCAGUUGGGAGUGCCAAGUCACCGCCAGUGAUUUUCACACGCAGGACGCCCUCACCAGCCAUCCCGUUCGAUUAGUCGUUAGGGUACCACCUCAGCGACCACGCAUCGAAUACAACGGUACUCAAGUACUACCUGGACACAAUUUAACCACGCUACACGGAGAAGUUGCUGUGGUAAAGUGCGUUUCACACUAUGGAAAUCCACCGCCAGUUCUCAAGUGGUUUUUAGACCAGGCCGAGAUAACGCCGGCUCGCAGACAGACCAACACCACGGAAUUGGAUAAUCCCAGGACGUGGUUGGCUUUGUCCGUGCUGGAAUUGACUAUUACCAAGGACAAUCACGGCAGGAUGCUCAGAUGCGUGGCGGUGCACGAGUCCUAUUCCACAAAGUCCAGCAGUAUUGAGGUUCGAUUGGAUGUUAUGUACGUUCCGGAGAUCCGGCUGGAGGGCAUCCCGACGACGGACGUCGAGGAUCUGAAGGACAGCGUCGCCAUACGGUGCGUCGUGGCGGCGAAUCCGAAGGCGUCGGUGGUGUGGCGUCGCGAGGGCCAGAACCAGCCGGCCAGUUUGCAGGAACUCCUGCAAUUCAGCCCGGCCAUCAGGCAGCAUUCCGGGCUGUAUACCUGCCACGCGCGCAACAAGGCCGGGGAUUCACAGCCCAUCAGGGUCCACGUUGAUGUUAAAUAUCCUCCGAAAAUCGUCAGCAUCGGCAGGGAGAGGGUGAAAACGGCCGUGCUCUUCUCAUCGGCCAGCUUCGAGUGCCUCGGCGAGGGCAACCCGCCGCCCACCUACCAGUGGAUACAGAAGAGAACCAAGCCGUCGGAGACCCUCAUAGAAAGAGGCCGCGAGGCGAAGCUCUACGUCACCAACGUCACCUACGACUUCCAAGGCGAGUACAAGUGCAAGGUCACCAACAUCAUCAAAGGCGAAGAGCGCAGCGAAAUCAGCGAGCCCAUCAUCUUGCAAGUUCACGGUGCUCCGCAGGUGUUGCGCCAAUCCUCGGUGCCGGAGGUGGUGGUGGAAAGAGGCCAGCCGGUGGAUUUGAGCAUGGUGGUUUGCGCGGAUCCCAGGCCUAGGUUCGUGGCUUGGGAAUGGGGUUCUUUGAGAUUGGAAGCAGGAGCGGAGAUGGGAAAAUACAAAGUGGACGAUGUGGUGCAGGAGGAAAGAGAGGAUUGUUAUCUGGCCACGUUGCACAUUAGAGACGCCUCGGCGACCGAUUCGAGAGCCUAUUAUUUAGCGGUGGAAAACGACAGAGGAACAGACAGACACGCCGUGCAAUUAUACGUCAAAGAACCCAUCCAAAUGAGCACGCUGGUGAGCGUCGCAGGAUGCCUGCUGGUCGCCUUCCUGCUCUUCAUCUGCGGCUGCGUCUACGCCAUCAGGACGGAAAAAUGCUGCUUCGCCAGAAAGGGCGACUUCAAACCGACGGAUAUGGACGGGCAAAAAAUAGACAUAGAAAAGACGACAACAGGACCAGGGGGCAUCCCGGCCGACGCCAUUUACACGACGACGCCGAGGCCGGGGGGCGGCGUCGGCGGCGUCCCCCAGCACCACCUCCACACCGCCAGCUCCGACGCCAUGAAGGUACGUCUUGCCGCUAUGGUGGUACAACCCCCCACUAGAGUGUAGCACUGCAUGCUCGGGCCGCCCCGCGGCGGCGGCGGCGGCGGCGGAUUGCCCCUUCUCGGUGCCGGCAGACCCGUGGCGGUCAUCGAGUACAAAUGUUAAUUGUCUUUGUAUUCGAUUCCAUACGAAAUUUAUUUUUCGAUAUGCAACUAGUAAUAAAGUCACUGGAGCUGUCGAUUUGUUUGCGGGGGAAUCACCCGGGAAUUUGUUAAUAAAACAAGUCUCCUGCGAUAAUAUUUACAUUUCAAUCGUUUCAUUAACUUUUCCAGUGAUUUUGAAUCGUUUUCGUUCGAAAGACAAUUAAUGUUUAUUUUGUUUUUGAGAAAAAAAGAUCACUGUUAAUACGUGAGUUGAUUUUUCGGGCACUGUGUGCACACUCUCUGUGUUUUGUACUUAAUCCUAAUUAAUCUUAAAUCCUGCGAUAAUUCGAUGUCUUCGUUAUAUUUUUAAUACUUACGAUUAGAUGUUUUACGUUAGAUUGGUUUCAUAAUAAUUUCAACCUCUUGAAGGGUAAUUAAUAAUUAGUAAAAUUAAUAGAAAUUUCCAGCUUGCAGAGGUUUUUGGUAUAAGGGUAAGUGCAAAUUUGUUUGCAAUGUCCAAUUCUAUGAAUUAAACAAAGAUAGAUUAUUAAAAUAACAGAGGUUAGAAUGAGAAAGUUGCAAUUUACCCACAAUAUAACCCUAACUUUUUCCUUUAUACGAGAUUAAUGUAAGUUGUCUUUGUUGCACCCACAGACCAUACUGGGUAUAUAUUUGCACAUAUCUGUAUAUCUAAUUUUCAGUAAAUUAUGUACUGUCAAUUAUCAAAUCAAUUGUCAAUUUAGCUUUAUCGCUUCGUGCUGGUUUUAAUUAUUAUGAAUUGUUUUUUAAAAUGCUUAGUAGUCUUAACGUUUAAAAUGUUUUCUUUUUUUAUUUUUAAUCAUUUAGCAGAACUGAUUUAAACGUUUAAUUAGCAAAAUGUAGGCGUUGUUUUAACAUUUUAAUAUGUUUUUUGUAACAUCGAAUUUACUAAAAUUAGAAGUAUUUAAUACCGAUUUUAAUCGUUUUGCGUUCCGAUUCGAACGAAAGAAAGUGAUUUUAGUUUGCCUCAAAUAAAGGAAUUUCUUCGACAAUAAUUUUAACGAGUUAGGAAUCUGAAAAAAAAUCACUUUUUUUUAAUCGAUCAAACAAUCGAAAUAUUAAAUUUAUCGACUUUACUCGAAUAAUAAUUAACGUUUAACGUAGGUAAUUGUACAUAUUAGAGAAUGGCGUAAUUAUGUGAACACUAACAGCACCAUCUGGAUAUGCACCCUGUAUAUAUCGCACAAUUGCACAAUCGAACACCGGUAGAUUUUUAUUGGCUCAAUUAUGUUUUCUAGUGUAAUUAAUUAAACUUCCUGAUCUUUAAUAAUAAUCUGGCAUUUGGUACGCAAAAGAAAACAUAAUUGACGUGGUUCAACAAAUAUAAAGCUUUCUAACGAAAAAUUUCUUGAACCAUCAAAAAAAAGCUUCAAUCCGCUCUCAAAAAAUAACCUUUGAUGUCAAAUUACCUCUCUAAAUUAAAUGUAUAUGGAUAUUCAAGGAAGGAAUUGAAUCCCUAAAUUUAAUAUGGAUAUUCAAGGAGCGAAUUGAAGCCUGAAAAAAUCGUGUAAAAGAAUCCAAAAUUCUUGUACAUACACUGUAUUUAUUACACUGACACAGUUUUUCGACACUUUAGACUCCCGCUCUGAGCACAUUCUCAAACCACCUUACUUGAUUUUAAACGCUUCGGGGGCCGUCUUCAUAGAGUUAACAGGGACUUUCAGGAGCCUCUCGCAGCCUAAUCACAUCGCAUUCACACUAUUAUCCUGUCGAACUAAUUCUUUUUGUAUAACAUCCGGUAUAAUAUAGUGUAUAAUGUAGGGUUUUUAAUAUGCCGGGAAUUAAACCAAACAGUUAACUAAAUUGGUAACUUAAAAAUGUGGCGUUAAAAUUAUGAAAGAGAGAAGUAUUAAUGACUUUUUUAAAUGUGUUAAUAACAUUUUUUUAUUCAAGAUAAAAAUUGCAUUAAAAUUUUCUAGUUUUUGGUUUAGUUCUUUCAUGAAGGUGUUUGUGAAAUAUCGGCGAGUUGUAGUAGUUUUUUUAUCGUUAAUGCAAAAUAUAAUAUUCAAAAUACUUUUCGCAUAUUUCAACAACACCGGGUACAUUCCCAAUUGCUAAAACUGUAAAAUUUUAGAUAGAUAAUAAUUAUAUCGGUGUCAAAGGAUUGAAAGCAAACGACUCUACUCCAUUCAUUAAAAAAUAUUUUUG